UGGCCGAGCUCGAGGGUGGCGCACAUUCGGACGAGACGAACAGCGGCGGCGACAACAGCAACGCUGGUAGCGUGUCCGGAGGCACCGACGACGACCAGGCUCGUCUUCGUUUGAAGCGGAAGCUUCAAAGGAAUCGCACGAGCUUUAGUAACGAGCAGAUCGACGCGCUCGAGAAGGAAUUCGAGAGGACACACUAUCCGGACGUUUUCGCACGGGAACGGCUCGCCGGCAAGAUCGGACUACCCGAGGCUCGAAUACAGGUGUGGUUUUCGAAUCGGCGGGCAAAGUGGCGACGCGAAGAGAAAUUGCGUACGCAACGGAGGGACAACCCCCAGCAUCAGCAACCGCAACAGCAACAGCAACAGUCGCAGCAGCAACAGCAACAGCAGCAACAGCAGCAGCAGCAGCAUCCGGGCGGGGUGAGUUUGGUCGGCGGCGGACAUCCGACACCCCCGCCAGCGUCCAGCAUUUUGGCCGGACAACCACCACCCCAGGCACCGCCCUCGCCGCCUAGGAUACACCAUGGUUUCGCGCCCACCGCUGUUUACCCUGGGAUACCCAGCAUGCCUGACUCGUACAGUCCCAUGACGUCCAUGCCGAGCUUCACGAUGUCCGGCGGGAGCCAACAGAACCAGCACACGACCAGCAGCAUGUCAUCGCUGUCGACGGGCGGCGGGAUGGGCCCGAUGGGCAUGACCGUGGGCAUGACGGUGGGCCCGAGUCCCGGCGCGUGCCUCCAGCAACGAGACAACGGCUACUCGUGCGGCGUCGCCCGUCCGCCGAGCUACGAGCCUCUACAUCUCGGCUAUGGCGCGAGGCCCACCUGCAGUCCCACUCAACCGUAUCACGCCGCGGGCCUUAACCAGUACAAUCAGAACACCAGCUCGACCGGUCUGAUAUCGCCAGGCGUGAGCGUGCCGAUCGCCGUACCGGGUCAACCGGCACCGGACAUGGCCGCACAGUAUUGGUCCCCAAGGCUGCAGUGACCGUGGUGGUCAUCGGUGUCGACAUCCUCUCCGUAGGCUCGAGCUUCUUUGACUUACGUUAGUCUCAAAAACGUUAGAUACAAGAGAACGCAUGGAGAAGACGUUCGAAUAUCGAUGAGGGACAGUUUUCCUUGGAAUCGUUCAGGCGAGAAGAAAACGUUGAAAAAAUCGAACGGUAAAUCCGAAUUCGACCGAACGUGCGGAGGACACGGAAACAAGCUAGCGAUGAAUAAUUAGGAAGAAAAUAUACCAAGUAGACGUCCGGUGCAAAAUCAUGGAGAAUGUUCCCUUCGCGCUAAACGAAAUCCACCUGCGUGUACAAUUAAUAACGAUCUUCAUAGUUAUGGUGAAACGUGACACGUGCAAUCUUCUGAUUUUAUUAUAAUAAUAAU